AUGGCCAUCCAGGCAGUUUCAAAGAUGGCAGGGUGCAGUGAAACAGCUGCCAAAAGUCAAUUCUUUUUUAUUGAUAAAGAUGCAUGCUUUCACAUAUUUACUAGCUUUGGUCUUGUCACAACUGAUAGGAAUAAUCUAGAUCCAGCUGCAGCUCCAUUUGCUAAAAACCCAAGAGACCUAGAAGGGCUCACUGAGGGUGCUAGUAUAAUUGAAGUGGUGAAGAAGGUUAGACCACAUGUUCUCCUUCGUUUGUCUGGGGUUGGUGGCAUUUUCAAUGAGCUGACUGCUAUUGAUGCUUUUAAGCAUGCCGGAGGAGAUAUUGUAUUUGGAAGUGGAAGCCCUUUCGAAAAUGUAGAUCUUGGUAAUGGAAAAGUGGGUCAUGUAAAUCAGGCCAACAACAUGUAUCUGUUCCUAGGAAUCGGUCUAGGAUCAUUUUUGUCAGGUCCUCGGCUAAUAACAGAUGGAAUGUUGCAGGCUACUGCUGAAUGGUAUGCACAUGUUGAUGUGGACUACUUUUAUUAG